AAGGUGACCGGGCCCGGGAUGUUCAAUACAUCCACCAUGGCUCCUCCUACGAUCACCAUUGAACAAGCACAGGCUGUCGUCGAUAAGCACCUUUCGUCAGAGAGUGACACACCCGCUACCAUCGUCAACUUCAUCAAGGUGUCGCAUGGGUUUAGCUACAAUCCCCUGCUCACGACAUACCUGCUCGAUCUGGCUAUCUCUACCAAUGCCGAACCGACGCAUUCGACUUUCCUGGUUGUAUCGAACGCCGAUGAAGACCAAGCGUCCGAAGUCUACAAACCGAACUCCUUGGCUCUCUUUCCCCAAAUCAUCUCUGUAAUCCGACAAAACACAACGAUCCCCAUCCCCGAACCGAAAUUCUCCGAUCCCGAUGACAUCCUGCCUUACAUGUAUCUGACCACUCCCAUAUACCCGCUCGUCUCUUCCCGCCUCAUAUCACUAGCCGAUGCGCGCGCCGGAAGAGCCCUGAACGCGAAACAGCAAGCGUACAUCGACCUCCAACUCGGCAAGUACCUCGGGGAGCUGCACAACGGCGCCAUGAACGAUUUCUUCGGUCUUCCCUCGGCGACGCCCCCUUCGAACCCGUCCUACGAGUGGCAAGAGACCUUCACGUCAUUGCUCGAGUCUCUUCUGGACGCUUCGGCAGCCAGCAUCGAAGAGCCCGUUCUUGCGCAGCUGCGCACCGCCCUUGCUCGUGCCAUCUCCGCCUUUCUGUUCGCAGACGUCGAAGUUCCUUCGUUGAUCUGGUUCACGGGCUCGGCGGACGAUGUCUUCCUGGCAUUCGCGGCCAGCGGCGAGCUCAACGCCUUCGCAAUACUGCCCUCGGUCGCUCAUGCACUGUGGGGUGACCCACUGCUCGAAACAUUCUUCCUCGACGCCAGCGACACGUUCUGGGAAGCUUAUCGCGCCACCCGUGGCGCAGAUGGCAAUUUAAUUGUGUUCCCGCGACAACGAACGAAACGGGUCUGGUACGAUGUCUUCCUGGCCCUUGUCGUGCUUCGAGAGCACCGCGAUUCGGAUGGCGAGAAAAAUGUUUGGGCUCGUGAGCGUUUGAAGCAAAGUGCCGCCAAGCUUGUCGAUGCGCCGUGCUAUUAG